AUGUUCAUCUUUAUUUACAGCUCAGUUCGGUUUUUACGUUAUAAAAUAGAUUUUAAUACAAUUUUAGCCUGCACAAGGUAUAACAACACCAGUGUUUCUGCGGAUUUCCUGUCGCGAGCACUCGCACCUGACUUCGUAUGUCACAACACUGUUAAAGUCUUGGUUAAACUCAAGCAACAGAAGUAUCGUUUAAACGUCAAAGAGCAGCGCAAUAUUGUGCUGCGAAGCGCGUCGCUAGUAGUGAUCGGGCUGAUGAGGUGGGCCGCGGAAAGUGCGCGGCUGUGUGGCGUGCGUGGUGUGUGCGGCGUGCGCGUGCGCCGCGUGCGCCGCGUGAGUGGCGUGCGCGAGCGUGCCGUGCGGCGCGUAGCUGCCGUACGCACUGUCUUCCGACGACAACGGGCCCCGGCGUGUCCCUGA